CAAUACUUCGGUGUCAAUCUGAUAUAGGAAACUAGGCAUUGAUAUAUGGUUAGAUACGUGGCAAUACAUGAGUGGAGACAGUAGCUGUGAGACGUGGCAAGAGAAGAUUGGUCGAUGGGAGUGUUAGAGGAAGAAUCGAGAUGCAGAGAUAUAUAGCUAAUGAAGAUCAUUUGCAGAAGAUAAGAAGAUUUUGGAUUUGUUGUUUAUAGUUUCCUUUUGGAUUCUCUCUGAGAAUCGUUCCUCAUCGUUCGCCGGAGUUUCAUGUUGAACUCUUGUAGAUGAGAAGUUGAUAUCGCGUUUCAUGAACGUUGUAUCAAUCUGUCAUUUUCAUUAAUCGAAGCAUUCUAUUUCGUUACUCUGUUUUCCGUUAUCACUGGUAUCAGAGCCAAUCGUGUCCUCGGUGGAGAUCAAAGCUACUUGCACGAUGAAGAGUCGUCGGCGCAUAUCGUGGGAAGAGAUAAACGAGAGCUGGUUGAAUGGCUUAUGUGUGUUUUGCAAAGAGCCAGAAGCUCCUGAUCACCACAUGAAACACAAGAACUUAGGGCUUCUUAUGAUCUAUGGUAAUGACGAUCAUCUCUCUAAUGGUGGAAUUGGUGAAUCAAUUGAUCAUCGUUCAAUGAAUUUGGUACAUGAGGAACGAGAGGAGCACUCCAAGUUGGAUAAUCACAAAGAUUUAGUACAGAGAACUAUCAUGGAGGAACGAGAGGAGCACUCCAAUUCUGAGAUUCUGAAAAGUGUUGAACCUAGGGAAGUAAAUUUCGGGUUAGAAAAUCUUGAUUCUGUGGUGAUGAACGAGUAUCAGGAGCAAGAUUGGGUUAAACAGAACAUGAAUAAGAGGUUUGAGGUUGAAGAUGAUGUUGAUAGGGGUCAGAAAUUGUUGAGUAUUACAGAAAAUUGCAGUGCACACCAAGUGUUCGGUAAAACGUCUCAACAUGAAGAAAAGCUGGAAAUAAAGAAGAAAGCGAAAGGAUUCAAAUCAUGGAUGUUCAAAUUCAAACUUGCUAAGAAAACAAUAAGGAAACGAGACAAUAAGGGUUGGUUCCACACUUGGAGCAGAAAAGUGGGUUGGAGGAAGAACAAGCCUAUGAAAUUGCAGUUUGUUUCACAUCAGGUGAAAGAAUCAUCACAUAGGGAUAAAGACUCUUUUGCGGGAAAAAAGUCAAUUAAGCAAGAGAUGUGUGUUGAAGUGGAGAGCUUGUUGCAGCAACAGGAUUUAAGACGCAUUAAAGAGACACAAGCGGAUCAGGGAGAUUCUUAUGUUGUUGUCCGGAAACUGUUGCCGCAUCUUGAAUCGGUUUGUGCUACAAAAUCGUUUUUGGACAAUGAUUCAAUGUCCAAACUUGAAGCGGAGUUAACUGACUCAAAGAUGAGGACGGCUGGUGUUACACAACAUCAGGUCUCAAUUUUUGUCAUGGAAACUAGCCAUCAUCAUCAAGUGUUAGAGGAUUUUGAUAUGCAUAUGGUCAUUGAGGAUCAACAACCUAUCGUGACAGAAGCUUUGCGUCUAAUCUCUAAUGAUUUCCACUCGGACGUGGCUGAGUUGUGUGAGCAGUUAACAUGUGACGAGUCUCAUAAACCGAAGCAAAGACUAGCUCCAAAGUCUUGGAUGUUUAAGUAUAGAAGGGACCAUAAGAUACUACACAGCCCUACUAUGUCUAGGAAUGUGAGAAUGGUUGUUUUCAGAAAAAUGGAAGCAGCAGAAAGGAGUCAACAUUUGGUUACACACAGGUUUCAUGUGGGUCCACUAGAAAUGGAUACUCAAGACUCUGAAAUUGGUAUCAUAGAGGUUUUAAGAAGAGUGAUGAUGCUGUUCCAAAACAGUAUUGUACAAGCCAAGAUGAUGGUGACAAAGAGAAAGAAAACGUUUUACAAGUCUAGGAGAUUCAAGUUCAAACAUAGAGUUGUACCAAGAGCUUUACAAUAUGGUUUUGAAGUCAAAAUGAAGCAAAAGGUUUCUACAGAGUAUCCAUGUUUGUUCUUGAUCGGCAAGGAGGCAGAACUUGUUCAUAUUUUGCUUGGGUAUAGGGACGUGAUGUUUAACUUGAAGAAAAAGGGGAGAUUUAGACUCUUUCAGUCAUUUUCUAAACAACUUCUCUUAUGGCUGCGACAUGAUGCAUUGCUAAUAAAACCGUUUCUGCUUAGUGAUGAGAGGUUCCAAAUAAAGCAUACAUGGAGAACUAAGUUCAUACACUCCGUUUCAUCAAUUGGUGUUGGGCAUUAUGAAUAUUCUAUUUGGACACAGAGUGACAAAGGGACGCAGCUCUUUUACAGCAGGAGAUUGGUUGUUUACAAGCUUGGAAGUGAGGCCAAGAAUGUUGUAGAGGUGUCUCAACGUGUGUAUCAGCUUGUUAAACUGAAAUUUGCCAAAGACGAACGAAAGCUUGAAGUCAUACAGAGCCAAACCUUUGACCCUGGGAUUGGAAUUGAAUCACAAGAGCUACUUGAGAAUACCUAUUCGAACUGA